GGGGGCCGGCCGGGAGGGAGGCGCUCGUCGAAAGCGGCUACUAGCAACACGCCGUACGACACCUUUAUGGCCGCAUUUAAGCCCCCGGCGCGGUCGCUUGCCGUCGCCCUUUUCCUCACAGCAGCAGCAGCGCUUUCAUUUCCUCUUCGGCGUUCUCGUUUGUCGCUUGGAGCGAGCGGGCAAUGGCGACUCGCCGUCGAGGACGGGCCCCCUCCCCGGUUCUUUUGCUCCUCCUCAGCUUCCUGUUUCUGCAGGGAGCUCCGUCGCAAGCCGACGACACCGUCGCCGCCGGCCGGCCGCUGUCCGGCCGGCAGAGCCUGGUGUCCAAGCGUGGCAAGUUCAGGCUCGGCUUCUUCCAGCCAGAUAAUUCCUCGCAACACUGGUACCUGGGCAUUUGGUACAACCAAAUCUCGUUGCACACCAAGGUGUGGGUUGCAAACAGAGAGACACCGAUCCCCGACCCGGAGUCCUCGCAGCUUUCCAUCUCAAGUGAUGGCAACAUGGUCAUCCUCGAUCAUCGCAAGUCUCCAAUCUGGUCAACGAACGUGACCGGCAUCGCCUCCAAUUCCACGGUCGGUGUCAUCCUCGACAACGGCAACCUUGUCCUGGCCGACGCGUCCAACACCUCCGUCGUGCUGUGGCAGAGCUUUGACCACUUCGGGAACACGUGGCUCCCCGGCGGGAAGCUCGGCCGGAACAAGCUCACCGGCGAGGUCACGCACCUGAUCGCGUGGAAGGGUUACAACGACCCGACCCCGAGCAUGUUCUCCCUGGAGCUUGACCCGCGGGGGACGAGCCAGUACCUGCUCAACUGGAACGACAGCAAGCAGUACUGGAGCAGCGGCAACUGGACGGGGCACGCGUUCACCGCCGUGCCGGAGAUGAUGGCCACCGACGCGUCCCCCUUGUCCGAGUAUACCUUCGGCUACGUCGACGGCGAGAACGAGAGCUACUUCAUCUACGACGUCAAGGACGAGGCCGUGGUGACGCGGUUCCUCGUCGACGUCACGGGGCAGAUCAAAUUCCUGACGUGGGUCGAGGCCGCCGCCGAGUGGGUGCUCUUCUGGACCGAGCCCAAGGCGCAGUGCGACGUCUACUCGAUCUGCGGGCCGUUCGGCGUCUGCACCGAGAACGCGCUGCCGUCCUGCAGCUGCCCCCGAGGCUUCCGCGAGCGGCGGCUGGACGAGUGGCUGCACGGCGAUCGCACCGCAGGAUGCGCCCGGAACGCCGGCCUGCACUGCGGCGCUCAAGGCGCGCAGAAGAACAACAAGAACGAUAGAUUCUACACGAUGCCCAACGUGAGGCUGCCGAGCAACGCGCAGAGCGUGGCGACCGCGAGUGCUCAUGACUGCGAGCUCGCGUGCCUCGGCAACUGUUCAUGCACCGCUUACUCUUACAACGGCAGCUGCUCGCUGUGGUACGGCGAUCUCAUAAAUCUCCAAGACACGAGCAUCAUUGGCACUGGAGGCGGCAGCAUUUCGAUCCGCCUGGCUGCGUCCGAGUUCGCUAGCACCAGGAACACUAAGAAACUGAUCAUUGGGCUCGUCGUCGCGGGGUUAGUCGUUGCCGUUGCUGUCAUCGUUCUGAUCAUCCUGAGAAGCAGAAGGAUCAGGUCGUUGAGGAGGGUCGAAGGAUCCCUGAUGGCAUUCACGUACCGUGACCUGCGAUUCGUGACCAAGAACUUCUCCGGGAAGCUCGGUGGUGGCGCCUUCGGGUCAGUGUUCGAAGGGUCACUACCUGACGCAACGCUCGUCGCGGUGAAGAAGCUCGAAGGCGUUCGGCAGGGGGAGAAGCAGUUCCGUGCAGAGGUGAGCACGAUCGGCACGAUCCAGCAUGUCAACCUGAUCAGACUGCUCGGGUUCUGCUCCGAGAGGACGCGACGGCUACUCGUCUACGAGCACAUGCCAAAGGGCUCCUUGGACAGACAUCUUUUCGGGACCAGCCAAGGUGUGCUGUGCUGGGACACGAGAUACCAAAUCGCUCUGGGGAUCGCGAGAGGACUGGACUAUCUGCACGAGAAAUGCAGGGAUUGCAUCAUCCACUGCGACAUCAAGCCCGAGAACAUCCUUCUGGAUGACGCGUUCGUUCCGAAGGUCGCGGACUUUGGGCUCGCCAAGCUCAUGGGCCGCGACUUCAGCCGUGUGCUGACCACGAUGCGGGGCACGGUGGGGUACCUGGCGCCGGAAUGGAUCGCCGGCACGGCCAUCACCACCAAGGCGGACGUGUUCAGCUACGGCAUGAUGCUGUUCGAGAUCAUCUCGGGCCGGAGGAACGUCGGGCAGCGGCCGGACGGCACGGUGGACUUCUUCCCAUCGACGGCCGUGAGCCUGCUCUUCGACGGGGACGUGAGGAGCGCGGUGGACAGCCAGCUCGGCGGCAAUGCCGACGUCGCCGAGGUGGAGAGGGCGUGCAAGGUGGCGUGCUGGUGCGUGCAGGAAGCCGAGAGCGCGCGACCGAGCAUGGGGAUGGUGGUGCAGGUUCUGGAGGGGCUGGUCGACAUCAACGUCCCGCCGAUCCCGAGAUCGCUCAAGGUGCUCGCCGAUCCGUCGAGGUACAUCGAGUUCUUCUCAGGUUUGUCGUCAAUCUGAGACUGGAUGCUGUAGCAUCAUGAACUCACAAAACGUGUAUGUGCUAAUGAGUUUUUUUUUUUUACAAAAAUGAUGUGGUAAUGAGUUAGCGCUGAAGUUGUGAUCGUGCCACGAAGCUUGUAGGUUGUAAUAUCAUAUUACUACAGAUAGCCAAGAAAAUUAUUGUACGAUUAACCAUAUAGAAUAUGUUCUGAGAUGUA